CACCGUUCGUUGCUUCCAUCGUCAGACGUCUUCUCCGCCAUCGUUAGUGAUCUUUUCUACCAUCCUCAGUCCUUUUCUCCACGGUUUGCAGGAAAGAAGCUCUCUCUUAUUGACUCCGCUGCCGGCAGCGGCAUCGCGGCAGCGCACCCCGCAACAGCUCUUAGGCUCUACACCACCGUUUCCCACCGACUCCUCCGCGAUGUCGUUAUUGCCGCCAAUAUUACUUUCGGACCUACAGUUCAAGAACCUUCUCUCAUCAUGGUCCCGCACGACCAUUAAUUGAAGCUCAAACACAACUGAAGCACAAGUAGUUGGGAUUCUCCACCUAAAGUGGUUUGGAGUUGAAGGAGACUACAACAUUAUGGCUAUUGACCUUCUUGGACCAAGCUUGGAAGAUUUAUUCAAUUAUUGCAACAGGAAGUUUACACUGAAGACAAUGUUAAUACUUGCUGAUCAAUUAGUAAGUCUACAUGUCAACUAUUAUAAUCAA